UUUAAAAUUUUAUGAGAUCUAGUCUUUUUUAUGAAAAUAUUCAAUUGUGGAAUCAAAAAUUUCAAUAAACUUUCGGUGCAAAAUUCUUGAUAAUGUAUUAAAACCUAAUAUCGCCAAGCAAACAAAAUUACAGCUUUUUUGAGGGUAUUGCAACAUCGGUAAGCUUUUCAAAUACAAAGUGAGAGCGAGAGUUGGAGCAGUGGGAGAGAGAUAGGAAGAGAAGAGUACGAGCGUUGGAAUGGCAAAGCAAAGCAUAAACUACGAUUAACGGCGACUGUUGCCGGUGCCGGCAAGAGCGAGAGUGACAAAGAGAGAGAGAGAGCGCGCGAGCGAGAGAGUAAGAGUGAGAGAAUUCUUUUCUUACUACCGCGUCGUCUGAACGUAGUUUCAUUAUAGAAAACCACGUUGCGUCGAUCGGACACGCGCUGCGCUUGAUCCGAAACCAUUGAAAUUGUACAGCCAAAGCCAAAGUCAAGUCAAUCGGAACAGCAGUCGCUGCACCAGCCAAAGUCGAGCUAAUGGAGGCCAUGAAGAAAUUAGAUGCGGAUCUGGUGGCAUUAUUUGCCACCGCCGGUGAGCCCAAAAUGGAGCAACUAAAGAAGAAGCAACAGCAACAACUGUGGCCGGAGCCGGAGCUUGCGGAUCAGGAAUUGCCCACAGUGGAGGAAGAAGAUCAAGAGCAGCUGCUGCAGGAACAAGAACUGGCAACGCCGGAACUGUUCAAGAAGGUGAACGCAGUGCAGCUUCAUUUGGAGGCCUUGACACUACAACCGGAGGGCACCAAGCGCAUGGAGUUGCUGCAGAACGAAGUGCGUCCCAUCUUCACAGUCGAGUGUCAGCUGUCCGAUGAUUUGAUUCGUUCCGUGCCCCGCACUCCUAUGUUUCACCUGAUGCAAUUCGAGUCGGAGAAGUUCCAGAGUCUUACGCAAUGCACUCGCUUCGGACAGACGCAGCAGCGUGAGGUGCAUCUGCAGGAGAUGGCUGCCGAUCAGGAGAUGAUGAUGGGCAGCAUUUAUUUUACCAUUUGGUGGCGUGAACCCGGCACUUGUCUCAACGAGCUGCUCGGCAUGGGUCGCCUGCCACUGGCAGAGCUUUAUCAGGCAUCGCUGUUGGAGCAAUGCAAGUGCAUUGUGAUUCAACGGCGUGAUGUCCAUUUGGCCAGCUUGUAUCUGAAGAUUAGCCUGCGGGCCGAUCAGCAAUUGAUGCUCUGCAAGGCUUUGGCCGAGAGCAACAACAACAAUAACAACAACAGCAAUGACAAGAACUACCACAGCGCAGCUGCCGCAGCCAACAACAAUAAGAACAAUAACAGCAACAACAACAACAAUAGCAACAACAACAGCAACGAAAGCAAUUCAACUAAGGCAGCUUCAACACCAACGCCGCCAGAGCCAAUUAAAAAUAAUAACAACAAAGCCACAUUGGACAGCGUGAAUUUCAUGGCCGAGACGACCAAAGUGCGUUUGCUGCGUGGCUAUAUCUACGCCAGCGAGACGCGACAUCUGUCAGCAGCCGAUGCCGAUGCCUGCAAGGAGCUGGUGCUGCAACCGUUUUGGCAAUCCGAGUCGCUGACGGUGCCCGUUAAUCCGCAAGGCAAUUUCCAGCUCCAAGAGCAAUUUGCCAUCAUCAACGAUGAGAAGUUUCUGCACAGCGUGGAGCGACAGCAGCUGGUCCUGGACCUGCGUCCACUGGGUGGCAAAGCGAAGCUGCCACUGCAUCAGUUCUACAUCGCUUACAAAGACGCCAGCAUCACCAAUCACUUGUUCAAGGGCAAACUACCUGUGAUUUCGAUUGAUGGCUGGACUCCCAUUGUGCACCCGGAGACACAAGCACAGCUGGGUGAACUUAAGGUGCUGCUGGCCAUUGGCAGCGAGGCGCAGAUAGCGCAAUUGAAGCAGCUACGUGGCUUUGAUCAGGAAAACAAUCAAGAACAGCCGCAGCGACGCACCUCAGAUCUGCUUGACAUGCUGCAGAAUGCACUCAGUGCUCCGGUGCCAACGCCGCUUCCCCCGCCAGCUGUGGUGGGCAAUAAAUUCAGCUUCAGCUUGCAUAUUGUGGGUGCAGCGGGGCUGCCUUUAAAUCCCGGCUAUGGCAAAUCGGGCAAGAAGCAGGCCAAACGUCAGGCGGCUGCCAAACGUUUUCCGCCCAACGAGCCGCCCAACACGUAUGUGACAUUUCAGGCGUUGGGCUGCAAUGCACAGACAUACAAGUCGCACGAGGGCUUGGUCUACGCCACGCCCAUUGUGGAGCGUUCAACGACACCGCAGUGGCACAGCAAAUUCCAGGUGGAAAUCGGCGCCGACUACUUAAGCAAUCCACAAAAGCUCUUUGUGCUCAAGCUCUGGAAGAAGACAGCUUUGAGCGCUGGAACAAGCACGGAACCCACACCUCUAGAGGAUGCCAUAAUUGGUUUUGCUGCCCUUAAUCUCAAUCGCAGUAACACUGGCGGCUUUCCCAGUGGCUGGCACAACAUCGUAGACUUCAAUGGCCGCGUCACUGGCGGCUUGGAGAUCCAUGUGCAACCGAUGCCAGCUGCGACUGCAUCGGGGGGCAAUGUGGACAAUGCCAUCGAUCAGUUUGAGCAAACGCUGGAGCUGCGACAUUUGCAGCUCGGUCAGGCCAUAAAGCGAAAGUAUACAGAGCUGGAGCAAAUCUCAAAUAGAUUGCGCACACGUCUCGUUGAUGUGACGGGUCAGCCACUGCAAUCGCAAGGGCUUGAUGUGGACGCUGUCUUGGGUAAUUGGCAGCCGGAUGAAAUGCAGCAGGGAUUCGACGAUGAUGAGUUGGUGGCAGAUUUCGAGCGUGCUCUGCGCACGCCAACACCACCGUUAGAUUCGACGGAUGCCACAGAGAUAGCGGAGUCAGCACAACCCACCGCACAAAGCCGCCAUCCUGCCGACGAUGCUGGCAAGGAAUAGCCCAUGCUAAGGCUCAAUUAUCUAGCGUAUACUAGAAGAUAUAGUCAAAACUCUUUUUCACUCUCUCGAUGUCUACGAAACAGGCUCAAACGUAGUUAUAUGAUCUUUAGAUAACCGUCUAUACACACCAUACAUACAUACAAUUAUAUAAACCUAGUUCUAUAUAUACACACCCGUGCGCAUUAAUAUAUAUAUUAUCAUGUGCUGUACUUAAAUUGGCAAAUCGUUUUGCCAUCAAUUCACUCACCUUUCAAUAUGGCUGUCUGUCUCUUAGCAAGAAAUCAAAGCUCGUAAUGAAUCGAUCACCAGUCGAUCGGUUCGUUCUCACUUGUCAACAAUGAACAUACAACAAUAAUUUUUCAUUAUUGUGCAAGUCAAACUGCGUUAUUUAAAAUAUCCGACAGCAGAACCCCUCCCAAAAAAAUGAAGAAAAAACAAAAAACAAAGUUUUGGCAUGAGUUGUUGCCAUAUAUGUAUUAGUUUUGAAACUGUGUUAAUCACCUAAGUAUUUAGUCACUAUUACUUAAUACAAAUUAAAUGCUAUGCAACAUAAUAAAA